AUGAGUCUUCACCUCCAAUUUCGACUGGCAACACCAGCCGAUGCCCCAUCAAUCCGGGAGCUCGUGGAAUACGCAUUUCGUGCAGAAGACACACGCGAAAAUUGGACUGCAGAUAUGGAACUCGGCCGGAACUUCCGUGUUCGCCUCGAAGAUGUCCUCGCCACAAUCACCCACCCAGACAAGGCAAUCAUCAUAGCCCCCUCGGACAAUGAAACCAAGGACCUUGUGGCUUCUAUUGAAAUCUCAAAGCGCGAAGCUGAUACUGCGCGUCUUGCUAUGAUUGCAGUGAACGGGGCCUAUCAACAAUCUGGCGUUGGGCGCCAAGUGGUAGAAUAUGCUGAAAAGUACUGUCACGAGACUUGGGGAUCGACGAAGGCUGGGCUAAAUGCCGUAUCAACGAGACGGGAGCUUAUUGCUUGGUAUGAGCGGAGAGGAUACCGGAAGACAGGUGAGGUCUCGCCUUUUCCUAGGGAGGCUUUCCCGCACCUCGUGUUAGCGGAGGACUUGUGUUUUGUGGAGAUGGAAAAGACGUUGGGCUGA